UGUAGUGGACGCCUGAGAGUGAAGCAUUGUGGGAAAUACGUUUUUUAUCCCCUUUAGGUUGAGAAUCUGAUGGCACGAAAACUUCAGUUUCGAGAUAAUUAAAUCAAACAAAAUGAAGAGUGUUUUUAUUCUUGCCGACAAGGCCUGGACCGGCUCCAACCUGCUUUACAAAUGGCAAAAAAGUCUUGGUAAUUAUAUUGCUGUUGCAGGACAGGACAACUCGGUAAAAAUAUUUGAUCGGUAUGGACAUAAAUGGACUGAACUCAACCUUCCAGGGCGCUGUAUGGGGAUGGACUGGGAUAACGACGGCGACAUUCUGGCCGUUAUUGCAGCAAAAUCCGUCUCCAUCUACCUGUGGGACGCCAGUGUCAAUAAAACAUCACAGAUAGACAGUGGCCUGAACAAAGAUCAGAUGUCCUUCAUCUUGUGGUCAAAGACCGGCCCUCUGUUAGCUGUAGGGACCGCCAAAGGAAACCUGUUGAUUUACAACAGACAAACCUCACGCAAAAUCCCGGUCUUAGGGAAACACACCAAAAGGAUCACCUGUGGAUGCUGGAACUCUCAGAAUUUAUUGGCCCUGGGGAGCGAUGACAACACUCUCACCAUCAGUAACCAUGAAGGAGAUACCAUCUCACAGGCUGCACUGCGUGGAGAACCUGGUGACAUUUACUUUUCAUCGAUGAAAACAGAUGAAAGAUCAUCUCACGGAGAGAGUACUGUGAGUGUGAUUGUGGAUAAGAAAUCCCUGAUGCUCUUCAAUAUCAACGACCCAGAAAACCCAAUAAAACUGGCUUUUCAGAGGACCUAUGGAAGCAUUGUGUCCUACCACUGGUAUGGCGAUGGAUAUAUUCUUAUUGGAUUCUCCCAUGGAUACUUCAUAGUCAUUUCGACACAUAUUAGGGAGAUCGGGCACGAGAUCUAUCAGACUCGCAACCAGGAGGAUAGUCUCAACAGUGUGGCCGUAUCGCCAGCCCUCCACAAAGCUGCAUCUUGUGGGGACAACAGCAUCAAAGUCCACGAGUUGUCUGAGUCGAAAUAUAUCAGCAGCGUUGUUCAACUUGACGAGGACAUUAAAGGUCUGGAUCAGAUAAGUUGGACAGACGACGGGCAACUUUUUGCUGUCUCGACCAAAAAAGGGGCGCUUCACGUCUUUCUGUUCAAGCUACCCAUCCUGGGUGACAGCUACGGUACCAGGCUGGCCUACCUCACCUCCCUGCUGGAGAUUACUGUUUCUAAUCAGGUGGAAGGGGAGAAACCAGUGACCAUAGAGGUGGAAGUAGAGCCCACCUUCAUCGCAGUGGGACCGUAUCAUGUGGCUGUGGGCAUGAACAACAGAGCCUGGUUCUAUGCUCUAGAUGACCAAAAACCCGGAUUUAACUUGCUGAAGGACACCGAGUAUUUAGGCACGAUCGUCAGCAUGCACCUCAACUCUGAUUAUGCAGCGGCUCUGUUUGAGGGGAAAGUGCAGCUUCACAUGAUUGAAAGCAGGCACCAGGAGGAAAGGAAGCAAAUGAAACUUUUUCCAGAUGAUGUCAAAAAGAGCCGGAUCCUUUGUCACGCCCUCACCUCGGACUUCCUCUACUACGGCACUGAUAUGGGUAACGUUGUGUGCGUCUUGGUGGAGGACUGGGAGACUCUGAGCACCUACAGUCAUCCUGUUGGAGUCAGGAAAGUGUUUCCUGAUGCCAACGGCACACAUGUGGUGUUCAUCGACGACGAAAACAGCGGCUUCCUGUUGUCCCCUGCAAAUGUAACGGCUUCCUGCUUUGAGCUCCCCAAUUUUUCUCCCACCAUCACAGGAGUGUUGUGGGACACCUGGCACGCAGACCGAGGAGUGUUUGUGGCCUAUGACAACGACAAAGUCUACACAUAUGCCUUUCACAAAACCACUGUUUAUGGCCCUCGGGUGGUGUUGGUUGGGAGCGCUGCGCUCCUGUUUUCCCAGAAGCCUUUGCUGCUGUACAAUGGUGAGCUGACCUGUCAGACGUCAAGCGGCAGGACCAGCGAACUGGCUCUGAGCACGCACUCCUUUCUCAGGCCGCCGACUGGCUCUGCCGCCGAUCCAGAGGAGCUCAGAAAGCAGCUCGCUGAGGCUCUCCAGCUUAAAAGGUUCCAGGAGGCGUGGGAUCUGUGCAACUCAGCAGGAAGCAGUGCAGACUGGGCGGCGUUGGGCAGGGCUUGUUUGGUCCACAUGGAGGUGGAGCUGGCCAUCCGGGUCUACCGCAUCAGUGGCAACAGGGACAUGGUUCUGUCACUGCAGAGCAUCCAGGGUAUAGAGGACAAGAACUUACUAGCAGGACACCUGGCCAUGUUUCUGGAGGACUACAAUGUGGCCCAAGACCUUUUUCUGUCUUCAAGUUGCCCAAUCACUGCUUUGGAGAUGAGAAGAGAGUUGUUGCACUGGGACAGUGCACUUUUGUUGGCAAAAAGGCUUGCAGAGGACCAGAUUCCGUAUAUAUCUAAAGAGUAUGCCAUCCAUUUGGAGUUUGUAGGAGAUUACGUAAACGCUUUGGCUCAUUAUGAAAAAGGCAACACUCACAGCGAUAGCGAGCACGAUGAGACGUGCCAGGCAGGCGUGGCCAGGAUGUCCAUCAGGAUGGGAGACGUGAGGAGAGGAGCAGCUCUGGCGGUUCAGCAUCCCAGCAGACUUCUCAAGAAGGAGUGUGGAGCCAUUCUGGAAAGCAUGAAGCAAUUCUCUGAAGCCGCCCAGCUUUAUGAAAAAGGCCAGUUUUAUGACAAGGCUGCGUUAGUUUACAUCCGCUGCAAGAACUGGGCAAAAGUAGAAGAGCUGCUCCCCAACGUCUCCUCUCCCAAGAUUCACCUGCAGUACGCCAAAGCCAAAGAAGCAGACGGAAAGUAUAAGGAGGCCGCUCUGGGCUAUGAAAGCGCUAAAGACUGGGACAACGUGAUCCGUGUGCUACUGGACCACCUGAACAACCCAGAUGACGCCGUACGCAUCGUCAGGGAGACGCAGAGCAUUGAUGGAGCAAAGAUGGUCGCCAGGUUCUUCCUGCGCUUGAACGACUAUGGCUCGGCCAUCCACUUCCUGGUUCUGUCCCAGUGCAACGAGGAGGCUUUCCAUCUGGCACAGCAGCACGGGCAGAUGGAGGUCUACGCUGCAAUCAUCGGCUCUGAGGCAACACAGGAGGACUACCAGAGCAUCGCUCUCUACUUUGAGGGAGAAAAGAAACACCUGCAGGCUGGCAAGUUCUUCCAGAAGUGUGGGCAGUACAGCAGAGCCCUGAAGCACUUUCUGAAGUGUUCCAAUACAGAGGACAACCAGGCCAUCGAAAUGGCUAUAGAGACUGUGGGUCAGGCUAAAGAUAUGACUUUGACCAAUCAGCUGAUCGAUUUCCUGCUGGGAGAAAGUGAUGGAAUGCCAAAGGAUGCAAAGUACCUUUUCCGUCUCUACAUGGCUCUGCAGCAGUACAGGGAGGCUGCUCGCACCGCCAUCAUCAUUGCCAGAGAAGAGCAGUGUGCAGGCAGCUACCUUAAUGCUCACAACGUGCUGUUCAGCAUGUACACCGAGCUGCAAGCUCACAAGAUCAAAAUCCCUGCAGAAAUGGCCACCAAUCUGAUGAUCCUGCACUCCUACCUGCUGGCCAGGAUCUAUACAAAGAGAGGAGAUCACCUGAAGGCGGCGCGCAUGCUCAUCCGUGUCAGCAACAACAUUAGCAAGUUUCCAGCACACGUUGUUCCAAUUCUAACGUCAGCGGUAAUCGAAUGCCAGCGUGCCGGUCUAAAGAAAUCCGCCUUCAGCUUUGCUUCCAUGCUGAUGAGACCAGACUACAGAAACGAUGUGGACCCGAAGUUCAGGAAGAAGUUUGAAUCCCUGGUUCGACAUCCACAGAUGUCCGAGCUGGAUGAAGAAACCACUCCGUGUCCUUACUGCGGAUUCCAGCUGCCAGAAAAUGAGCUUCUGUGCAUCGCCUGCAAGAACAACAUCCCCUACUGCAUCGCCACGGGUCGUCAUUUAAUAAAAGAAGACUGGUCUACUUGUCCGCACUGUGACUUUCCUGCACUCUACUCACAGUUUAUUCUGUUCCUGGAAACAGAGACAGCCUGUCCCAUGUGUUUUGAAAACCUGAGUGCGAAGGAGCUGAAGAAGAUCCCGGAUUGUUCCAAAUACCUGCAGACCAACGAGCUGGAUCCAUGACAAGACAGGAUCAGUGCGUCUCAGCUGUAGGACUUCUCAAAUGCUAUAUUUUAUACAUGUACUCAAAUUGUAAUAAAUCGCAUUUCAAAAUUU